CCUCCUCUUUUUUUUUUAAUUGUGAUGUUAUGAUAUCAUUUAUAGGGUAAGAUGGAAAUGUAUCUCUUGUGGAAACUGUAAACAUACUUAAGAUUCUAUCACUUAGGGAGCUUCAGACAGAAGGAUUUUCUUUCCCCUAUAAUCAAGUAUUUAGCAAAGACAACAUGAAGCUCCUUGGACUAUGCUCAGUCGUACAAUCCAACCCUCCCAUACCUUUUUUCUUUUUCUCCUAGAGUAGUUUAGUUGCUUACCUACAGUGAUUCAAAAGUGAGACACUUUGGUUUAUCAUCAGUAUUUUGGUUUCGUCUUUGAUGGGGCUGGUUAUGUGGGGACUGAGCUAUUUCGACAUGCCUUUUGAGCUUUGUCCCUCCGUCAAGGAGCUUGAGAAGUGGAGAUGAGGGGCCUCAGAGGUGAUUUCUCCGACCUACCAGCUUAGGAUUCAGAACAGCUGGAUUUCUUUUCAGAGGCUGGAGGCCCAGAUGCACAACCGUGAGAGCCAGGGGGCGGGGUGGCCCGUGGUCACCGCAGCUUGAUUCUCUGAUCCAGCUUUUCCCUUCCUUUCCCUGCCCCAUCCCCAAAGCGCCAGUGAUAGAAUCGUUGAGGUUGGUGACGUGUUGAGGGCUGUCGGCAUAUUCCUUACUUAGGAGUCUUACUCUGAAUGCAUGUGUAAGAAAAUUAUAGAGAGGGUAGAAUCGUGAUUCUCUAUGUCAACAAAAAGUGGUUAUCAGUUAAAAAAAUAAGCACUAGAUUGAAAGUGGCAAUAACUGGAUUCUGCCGUCUCCCUUGACCUUGAAAAAGAUCUAUAACUCGUCUGCAUGUUUCUUCGGUGGACCUGGGGUAAUAUGUGUUUCCUAGAGCUUCUGUGUGGUUGAGAUAACCUGCAGGAAGUGUUUUGAACUCCUUAAGGAAUGAUGUCAAGGAGACAAAAGGCAAUGACUGUUAUUACCACAAAGACAGGGAGGAGGUAAAGACAGAUCUGCAUUUUCUUCCUUAAUCUUCUCAUCUUUCCAGAUGCUUAUGGGUCCUUUUGAGUCCCCUACCCUACUCUGUCCCUCAGGUUGGAGUGGUGGUGGGGUUCCAUGCUUGGGUGCAGGAAGAAUACCUUCUACCCCUUGACACUGUAUUCAUCAGGAAGGCCUGUGUAGGCACCACCCUUUGGGUCAGCAUUGAGUGGGACCCCCACCGCGCUGUGCUGGGAGAGCACGGGAUCUGCAGAUAGAAGAAGGCAUCUCUCUGCAGGCUGAGGACAGGCAGCCAUGGAAGGUAUACUCCUUCCUGGCUUGCCUACUCUUCCUUCAUCCAGCCCACCGCCUGGUACCCAGGCUCCUCUGGUCACCUGCCAUGACACAGGAAAGUGAAUCCAAAGAGGCUGGUGCUUCCUACCUGCCUCGAGUGGGGCCGGCUGGGAACACCUUUCUGAGCAGCCCAGCAGUGUGAGCACACUUGUUCACGCUGCCAUCAGCCAUGUCCUUCAGUGCCACCAUCCUCUUCUCCCCUCCCGGUGGCAGCGAGGCUAGAUGCUGCUGCUGUGCUUGCAAGAGCGAGACAAGCGCGAGCAGCUCAGGGUCCCAAGGCGGGAACCCUCCCGCCAGCACCCCCAUCACGGUGACUGGACACGGUCUGGCCGUUCAGAGUUCCGAACAGCUCCUGCACAUUAUCUACCAGCGGGUGGAGAAGGCCGUGGGCCUGGCCGAGGCCGCUCUGGGGCUCGCGAGGGCCAACAACGAAUUGCUGAAACGUCUCCAGGAGGAGGUGGGUGAGCUGAGGCAAGGGAAAGCCUCUGCCCCCGAGGAUGCGGACAGCCGGGCGCACGGCUCCCCGCCCGAGGAGCCGGGGCCUCUCAAGGAGAGCCCCGGGGAGGCGUGCAAGGCGGCGGCCGCGGCGGAAGAGGAGUGUGACAGCGUGGGCAGCGGCAUGCAGGUGGUGAUCGAGGAGCUGUGGCAGGUGGGAGCCGCCUCGGCCGUGGGGCCCGGGCCCUUGGGCUUCCCAGCCGCGCAGAGAGACGCGCGGCUCCCGGGGUGCCCCCUGGCGGCCGGAGACGCGGCCCCGCUGCUCAAUCCCCUGGUGGAUGAUUAUGUGGCCUCUGAGGGUGCAGUACAGCGGGUCCUGGUCCCUGCUUAUGCCAAGCAGCUCUCACCAGCCACACAACUGGCUAUCCAGCGGGCAACCUCAGAGACAGGGCCAGAAAAUGGAAGCAAGCUGCCACCACCCCGCCCCGAGGACAUGCUCAGUGCUGCUGCUGCGCUGGAAGGUGCCUUGGAAGAGUCAGGCCCUGGAGGAACAGGGGAGCUGAGACACUCUCUAGGGUUUACCGCUUCCCCAUGCAGGACCAGAGGGAGUGGGCAGAAGAACUCCAGGCGCAAGCGGGAUCUGGUACUCUCUAAAUUGGUCCACAAUGUGCAUAACCACAUCACCAAUGACAAGAGAUUCAAUGGGUCUGAAAGCAUCAAGUCCUCUUGGAAUAUUUCAGUAGUGAAGUUCCUUCUGGAGAAGCUCAAGCAGGAGCUGGUGACCAGUCCCCACAAUUACACUGAUAAGGAACUGAAAGGAGCCUGUGUAGCCUACUUCCUUACUAAGAGGCGUGAGUACCGCAACUCCCUGAACCCCUUUAAAGGCCUGAAGGAAAAAGAGGAGAAGAAGCUUCGAAGUCGCAGAUACCGGCUUUUUGCCAACCGAUCCAGCAUCAUGAGACAUUUUGGACCUGAGGACCAACGCCUGUGGAAGGAUGUGACAGAGGAGCUGAUGUCAGAUGAAGAGGACAGUCUUAAUGAGCCAGGUGUCUGGGUGGCCCGGCCUCCCCGGUUCCGGGCCCAGCGCCUCACGGAGCUCUGCUACCACCUGGAUGCCAAUUCUAAGCAUGGCACUAAAGCCAACCGUGUGUAUGGGCCUCCCUCAGACCGAUUACCUUCUGCUGAGGCCCAGCUCCUUCCACCAGAACUUUAUAAUCCUCAUUUCCAAGAAGAGGAAGACGAGGGAGGUGAUGAGAAUGGACCUGUCUCCCCAUCUUUCGACCAACCCCACAAAACCUGCUGUCCUGACUUGAACUCAUUCAUUGAAAUCAAGGUGGAAAAGGAUGAAUGAAAUCUAUAACCAAGAAUAACUCUGGAUUCUGCCAUUCCCCAUGUCCCAGGAAUGGGACUUCCCAGAAUAACAAGAUGUCCUCUGCAGUCUGUCUCUCUUCUCACCACAGUCCCCAGUGGAAGUGAAGCUGGCAGCUGUGGUGGGAUAAAAAGACUUACCUAGGAGGGGGACCUCCCUGCUCCCUGUGAAUGGCAAGCCAGAAAAUGCUUAUUUCUAAGCACACACAGUGCCUCGGGGAGCCUGGGCUGAGAAAAGGAGGAGGAUGAGUCUAAGAAACAUGAGGCCUUCUUGACA